CCUCAUCCAUUCGUCCUCCAUUCAUUGCCACAUCAAACACAAGGCCCAAAUUACCAAAAUUUUCCCCGACCUCACACUCGCAACCACUAUCGCUCAUCAAUCCCUUGCUCCGAUGGCUACGGUUCUCGAUUCCCUCACUCUUCCCUGUUCUUCCGCCUUGGCUUCCACUGCUUUCUCCGGCCGUCGGAGCUCCGUCGCCCUCCCGCAGUACAGAGGCUUGAAGAUCGGUCACAGUUUAACUUCCCAGUCUAUAAGAUCUGCGAGAUCUAAUGCCAGAUUUGCUCAGCGUUCUGGAAGAAUCGUCUGCGAAGCUCAGGAAACUGCUGCCAUUGUACCUGCUGCUUCAGAAGCUACCUGGGAUUCACUGGUUCUUAAAUCCGAAUUACCCGUCCUAGUCGAAUUCUGGGCUCCAUGGUGCGGUCCUUGCCGCAUGAUUCAUCCGAUCGUUGACGAACUAUCUAAACAGUAUGCUGGUAAGUUCAAAUUUUACAAGGUGGAUACUGAUAGCAACUCUGGUGUUGCAUCCCGAUAUGGUAUCAGAAGCAUACCAACUGUCAUUAUCUUCAAAGAUGGUGAGAAAAAGGAGGCAAUAAUAGGUGCAGUUCCCAAAGCAACUUUGACUGCCAGCAUUGAAAAAUUCUUGUAGAGAUGGCUGAUGAUGAGGUUUAAGCUGCUUUCCCACAAUUUCCUUAUUUUAGCCUCUGAUAUCUGAAGAUGAAUUCUCUACUCUGGAAAUAAACUCUCCUCUUUUGUUUACAUAUAGUUCUUGAUGUCUCUGUAUCUUCUUUAGAUUGUAUUUAUUGCUGCAAUACUGUUCCUAUGAAUGCAUCUUUCUUUAUAGAAU